AUGGUGGUUUCAGAAGCAAAGGGGAUGUUUAGCACAGCUCGAGAGAUUUUUCCAUUUUCCUUUGAGGAAGUGGCCGUGCGUUUCACCAAGGCAGAGUGGGCCCUGCUGAACCCUGACCAGAGAGCUUUGUAUGUGGAAGUCAUGGUGGAGAAUUAUUGCAAUGUGGCUUCCCUAGCAAUUCCCAAGCCUGUCCUCAUCUCCUGGCUUCAGGCAAGUGAAGAGCCUUUUCCUUUGGUCUCCGAGGAAGAGGCCAGGUUGGCAGGAGACGUGCAGGAUGACAUGAAUUAUAGCCAGAGACGUGUGGUGUCUUUCAAAACAGUCAGCCGUGAUGUGAAGGAAGAGCCCUCUGGGAGUCAAAAAGAAUCAAAGAGACAGGAGGAGAACAAAAGGGAGAAGUUGGAGAAUCAGUCUGUAGAUUUCGAGUCUGGUAGCUUGCUUGCAAAACCAGGCCAACAAGAAUAUCUCAAAGGACAGGGGAGGAAUAAGUAUUUUGAAAGUAGAGAAGGACUGCAAAGAGAACCCAACUUAAUUUCCCAUCAGAAAAUCCACCCAGCAGAUGAAACUUAUACAUGCUCUGAAUGUGGAAAAGCCUUCAGUAGGCUUGCAGGCCUCACUUCUCAUCAGAGUAUCCAUACGGGGGGGAAAUCAUUUGAGAGUUCAGAUUGUGGAAAUAGCUCUGAUCUGAGUGAAAGCCUUCCUUCCCAUCAAAGACAUCAUACUGGGAAAGAACUAUGUCAGUGCCCAGAGUGCAGAAAGAGGUUCAAGUGUAAGACAAUUCUCCAUUCAGAGGAGAAACCAGAUAAAAACCUGGAAUGUGGAAACAGCUACAGUCAGAGUGAAAAACUUACUGUGCAUCAAAGAACUCACACACCAGAGAAACCUUACAAAUGCAUGGAGUGUGGGAAAUGGUUCAGUCGUAGUUCACACCUUACUGCCCAUCAAAGUAUUCAUAAAGGGGAGAAACCAUAUAAAUGUUUGGAGUGUAGUAAAAGCUUCAGUUGUGAAAGUAACCUUAGUAGCCAUCAAAGAAUUCACACUGGGGAGAAACCUUACAAAUGCUUGGAGUGUGGAAAAAGCUUCAGCCAUAGUUCGGCUCUUAUUUCCCACCAAAAAAUUCACACAGGGGAGAAAUCUUGCAAAUGCUUGGACUGUGGGAAAAGCUUCCGUCACAGUGUAAGCCUCACUUACCAUCAAAGAAUCCACACAAGAGAGAAGCCAUAUGAGUGUUCAGAGUGCGGAAUGACCUUCAGUUGCAACUCAGCCCUCACUUCCCACCGAAGAAUCCACUCUGGGGAGAAACCAUACCAGUGCACGAUAUGUGGGAAAUGCUUCAGUCAGGGAUCGCACCUGACUUCCCACAAAAGAACCCAUUCUGGAGAAAAACCAUAUAAAUGCCAGGAAUGUGGGAGAGGCUUCGGUCAGAGCUCACACCUGACUAUACACCAAAGACUCCACACAGGAGAAAAGCCAUAUAAAUGCUUGGAGUGUGGAAAGAGUUUCACAAUCAACGGAAGCCUGAAAGUGCAUGAAAGAAUCCAUACAGGGGAGAGGCCGUAUAAAUGCCUGGAGUGUGGGAAAACCUUCAAUCAGAGCUCAAGCUUUAAUACGCAUAAAAGAAUUCACACAGGAGAGAAGCCGUAUAAAUGCCUAGAGUGUGGGAAAAGCUUCAAUCAGAGCUCAGAGCUUAAUACGCAUAAAAUAAUCCACACAGGAGAGGAGCCGUAUAAAUGUUUGGCUUGUGGAAAGAGUUUCAGAUGGAGACACACUUUUACAUCCCAUCAAAGAAUUCAUGAAGAGGAGGAAUCAUCAGACUAG